AUAACUAGGGCUAUGGUCUGAGUUUAAUCUUUCUACACGUCAAAACCAUGGAGUCGCAGCAAACAUUGAGCAUAUUAAUUGCCAUCUGUGCUAUAAUUUACUUCACAUGGUUCCGAGGACCAUCGAUGCCAUCUGUUGUCACCGAAACACUUGACAAUGAAUACGAUUACAUCGUGGUCGGUGCCGGAUCAGCAGGUGCUGUCAUUGCCGCGAGGCUGUCGGAGGACGUCGGUUCCCGCGUUCUUCUGUUGGAGGCUGGAGGAGACUACACAACCAACGCCUCAUACCACGUUCCUAUCCAAUUCUUCGACCUCCAGAAAACCAGUGCAGACUGGCAGUACUAUACCGUGCCUCAAAAAUAUUCCCACCAAGGAAUGGUAGAAGAACGUUCAUACUGGCCUCGUGGAAGACUUCUUGGAGGUUCUAGCAUUUUUAACGCCAUGCAGUAUACGCGGGGAAGCCGCCAUGAUUACGAUGAAUGGGCAGAUAUGGGUUGCGACGGAUGGAGUUACGAAGAUGUUCUACCAUACUUCUUAAAAUCUGAGGACAUAUUGAUAGACGAUUUAAAAUCAUCAAAGUAUCACAACACAGGAGGUUACAUUGGAAUCAGCACGGGUGGGGUCACCCCGAUUGCCGACGUUUAUCUGAAAGCGGGACAAGAAAUGGGAUACAAGCUUAACGACUACAAUGGGGAAAUACACCAGGGAUGGAGCCCAAUGCAGCUUACAAUUCGCAAAGGGGUGCGCAGCAGCACGUCUCUAGAGUUCCUCGGGAGGGCAAAGGGACGACCAAAUCUUCAUGUUGGCAUUCACAGUCUUGUGACAAAAAUAGCGUUUGAAAACAAGCGUGCUACAGGAGUUUAUGCAAUUAGGAAUGGGAGGAAAUAUUUCUUCAAAGCAAAAAAAGAAGUCAUUGUAUCCGCAGGAGCGGUAAACUCUCCACAGCUGCUUAUGCUUUCUGGCAUAGGGCCAAGAGAACAUCUAGAGGAUCUUAAUAUUAUAGUAGAGGCAGAUCUUCCAGUUGGCGAAAACCUCCAAGACCACAUGAUGAUCCAUAUGGUUUCACCUAUUACAGAAGAUAUCGGUAUUACAUUUAAUAAAAUUAACAGUUGGGUCACUGAUCUCCAAUACAAAAUGUUUGGCACAGGGAUAAAAUCUAUAGCUGGAGUGGACGCAAACUCUUUCUUCUGUACUUACGAUACUAAACAAAAAGAUUGUGCCGCAGAUAUCCAGUUUAUGAUAUACAGUGGCCUUUUGGACACAAACUAUUUUUGCUUUAAAGAUGAUGUUGCUAAAGCGUUCCUAGCUCAAAACCCUAAUAUGCCAGGGUUCACAACAGCGCUUAGCUUGCUGGAUCCGAGGAGCGUUGGAACCAUUCGAUUGAAGUCCGACGACCCAUUUGAGUACCCUCUUAUCGACCCAAACUACCUCUCAAAUGAGAGAGAUGUCGACACUUACAUCAAGGGUAUCAGAUUGUGGGAAAAAUAUCUUGCAACUCCUGCUAUGAAGAAAAUAGGAGCAACGGUGGAGAAAAUGAAAUUGCCGUUUUGCAAACAGCACAAGUUCCAGUCUGACGACUAUUGGGUAUGCGUUGUACGUCAUCUAGCGUACACGGUUUAUCAUCCAUCUGGUACGUGCAAAAUGGGGCGUGUGGACGAUCCUACUUCCGUUGUAGAUCCACAACUCCGGGUCAAAGGUAUUAAGGGGCUUCGUGUUGCAGACGCUUCUAUUAUGCCAAAUAUAAUUUCGGGAAACACGAACGCACCCGUUAUUAUGAUAGGCGAAAAGGCGGCUGAUUUGAUCAGAGGAAAAGUAACUGUUGACCAUCUGAAAAGGAAGCUGUAGACCUUUUAUUCAGAUUUAAGUAUUUAUCAACUUUUGUGUACUUGUACUUAAAAAUAUAUGACAAGUUAAUUGAGUUGUUUAAUACAGAAUAUGAAUUGACUUUGAGUGAAAAGGAGUCAAAUUUGAUUUAAGGAAAAGUCACUGCUAUCCAUCUGAAAGGGAAGCUGUAGACCUUUAACAUAGAUUCAAGUACUUUAUCAGUAAUAAGUGUACGUGAACUUAAAGUAUAAGACAAGUAAGUUAUGUUGUUUUUUACAAAAUAUAAACUGACUUUAGUAAGUCUAAAUUUGUUUUAUACAAGGCUUUUCAAUUUAGAAGAAGUAUAUCAUAUUCUUUGUUAUACUAGUAAAAUGCUAUAUUCUAUUAUUUCACUUUGUAUCCAAGUGUCAGUCUUCUUACAAAGCACUUAUAUUGUCGAUACAAGUUUAAUGUAUAGAAAUAGAUAUGAUAAUACAAGUAUAUACAUGUAAUGAUAUAACAAGUUAGGUGAGUACAUACUAAGUAGAUAUGAACGUGCUGUGUAAAGAUGUAUGUAAACUCUCUUAUCUGUUUAUUAUUAUAAUAUAAAAAACUGUCUCACAUAAUUAAACCUAAUGGACACUGGUUACAUGUUUUUAUUUGUUUUCUAUAUUUUUAAGUUCGAUUUAUAAAAUAUAUAUGCUAUACAUGUGUGAAUGUUAGUAUGUGUUGCCUUUUUGUACAAUAUUCGGCCACAUGGAUCCAUGCCCUUCUGGUUAAUAAAUGUUCUAUGCUAACUAGCGAGAAAGACAUGUAUUUUGGCCGCAUGGGUCUGUGAAAUUGUUAAUCAAUGUUCUGUCCUGUUCUUUUACAAUUAGCAUGAAAGAAAUGCAAUGUUGGUCAAGACAAAAGCGGUAAUUUAAUAUGUGGUUGUGGAGAAAGAUAUGAUAACUGUAGCAACAUGAAGGACGUCUAUCUAAUUAUGAAUUCUUUAUAUUAAAACACAAAAAAAUCAA